GAGUCAUUCAUCAAAACCGCCUCGAGUAUUUCUACAGCACAAAUUGAUUUGCUUUCAAUUCGCCUGCGCACUAAGCUGUUCCCCUGUAAGGCUGUGCUGAGGUGAUUAAGGUGAUUAUCUACUAGAAUCCCCAGUUCAACAGCCGGGGGACCGCAUCUAUCACUGUCAAAUGCACGACCCCAAUAUCACGAUCAGCUUCACCUCCCAGGAUGCAUUGAGCACCUCGCUCCAAUCCCUCCUUCCCUAUCUCCUCUCAGUCAUCCUCCUUCUCCUUCCUCUUACCACUUUUCUCCGCUCUGCUUCUCCAACUCCCUUGGGCUGCCGCCGCCUCGGCACCCCGAAUAGCAACAUCACCGACGAAUAUGACCCUCAAUACAGCCAGGGCGUGGCCAGCGACAGCAUCGACGCUCGCACGGGGCUCCCCGCCUGGCGCAUCAAAGCGCUCUUCACCUACCCGAUCAAAAGCUGCACGGGGGUCGAGCUCGACACCGCGGAGGUGAUCGACACCGGUCUGAAGUACGACCGCCUCUUCUGCUUUGCCGAGUAUAUCGAGUCGAAGCCCGCUCUGCAGGACAGCAGCAGUCCCGAGUCUGGCCACUGGAUCGCGCGCACCCUCCGCGACCGACACUUCAGCCGACUCGCCCUCCUGCGGCCGGAGAUCUGGAUCCCGGACCCCAGCCAGGCGGACUACUCGUCGUCUCUACCGGAAGUGCAGAGCCAGGGGGUACUGGUGAUCCAUUACCCGCGCACGCUCGCGGGCUGCAUGGCCCGAAUCCCGCUGAUGUCGUCGUUCGUGAACCUCGCCAUCACGUUGGGACUCCUCUCCCGCGAACAAUCGUUCCGCAUCCCCCUCUGUCCCCCAACCCUAUCACAGAAGGAGGAUGAAAAAGGAGAAGGAGCAGGAGGGGCCAAAUACCCUCUCCGCCCCGUCAAAAUCUGGAAAGACAAUCCCCUCGCCUACGACUACGGUCACCACCUCCCCGCGUCUUUGCGGCGCUUCCUCGCCGCCGCCGCCGACGACAACACAGCCAAGCAGAAACCCCUGACGCUCUUCCGCGAAUGCGCCGCCCAUCACCGCCAGAUUUUCCGCAACGCGCCCUCAAAGGAGACGCUGGGGUUCCAGACCGUCACCGGGUUUCAGGACGCGUAUCCGCUGCACAUGCUGAAUCUCGCCAGUGUGCACGACGUGGCGCGGCGGUGUCAGGCGGAGAUUCCGCGGUUGACGGUGCGGAGGUUCCGGGCGAAUGUGAUUGUGCAGGGGCCGGGGUGUUUCGAGGAGGAUGCGUGGAGGAGGAUCCGGGUUGGGGGUGGGGGUAGAGGUGGGACUGGCUUGAAAGCGGGUGCUGGUAGGGUGGACAAGGAGGGGGAAAGUGAAGGGGUCGAGAUUCAUUUGGCUUGUCGGACGAUACGUUGUCGGUUGCCCAAUGUGGAUCCUGAUACCGGGGUGCGCCAUCGCUCUGAGCCGGAUCGCACGAUGAAGAGCUAUCGGAGGAUUGAUCGGGGAGAUCCGACGAAUGCGUGCUUGGGGAUGCAGUUGGUACCUGCUGUUAGGAAUUUUACACUUCGCGUCAAUGACCCUAUCACUGUCCUCGAGACCGGCGAGCAUUGCUAUAUAAAAAUGCUGGCACCCGGUGAAGUGGUUGAGGGAGUCUGAGUGACAACCCUCCGUACACGUCGACCCUUCAGAGUCCUAUCAUGCAGUGGUAUACACAGUAUAUAUUUAUAACAUC